CCUUCAGGAGGCUUCUGGAGUAAAGCACCUCCUACAGCUGCCAGAUGCAGCUCUCUCCCACCAUGAGAGCUGCCCCUCUGCACCUGACCAGGACAGUAAGCUUUGGCCUUGGCUGUCUGCUCUUGCUUUCUCUCCACCUGGACCCAGGCCAAGCCAAAGAACUGAAGUUUGUGACAUUGGUGUUUCGGCAUGGAGACCGAAGUCCCAUCGAUACCUUUCCUAACGACCCCAUUAAGGAAUCCUCAUGGCCACAAGGAUUUGGCCAACUUACCCAGUGGGGCAUGGGACAGCACUAUGAACUUGGAAGUUAUAUAAAGAGAAGAUAUGGAAGAUUCUUGAAUGAUUCCUAUAAACAUGAUCAGGUUUAUAUUAGAAGCACAGAUGUUGACCGGACUUUAAUGAGUGCUAUGACAAAUCUUGCAGCCCUGUUUCCCCCAGAAGGCACCAGCAUCUGGAAUCCCACCCUGCCCUGGCAGCCCAUCCCAGUGCACACAGUGUCUCUCUCUGAAGAUCGGUUGCUGUACCUGCCUUUCAGAGACUGUCCUCGUUUUAAAGAACUCCAGAGUGAAACUUUGCAAUCUGAGGAAUUCCAGAGGAGGCUCCAACCAUAUAAAAGCUUCAUAGAAACCUUGCCAUCACUGUCAGGAUUCCCUGGCCAGGAUCUUUUUGGAAUUUGGAGUAAGGUUUAUGACCCUUUAUAUUGUGAGAGUAUUCACAAUUUCACCUUGCCCUCCUGGGCCACCAAGGACGCCAUGACUAAGUUAAGAGAGUUAUCGGAAUUAUCUCUGCUAUCACUUUAUGGAAUUCACAAGCAAAAAGAGAAAUCCAGACUCCAGGGUGGUGUCCUGAUCAAUGAAAUCCUCAAGAACAUGAGGACUGCAACUCAACCACAGAAGUACAGAAAAUUUGUCAUGUACUCUGCACACGACACUACUGUGAGUGGCCUGCAGAUGGCACUAGAUGUUUACAAUGGAAUUCUCCCUCCCUAUGCGGCUUGCCACAUAAUGGAAUUGUACCAUGAAGAGGGGAGACACUUUGUGGAGAUGUACUAUCGGAAUGAGACCCAGCACGAGCCCUACCCACUCACGCUGCCGGGCUGUACCCACAGCUGCCCUCUGGAGGAGUUUGCAGAGCUACUGGAUCCUGUGAUCCCCCAGGACUGGUCCACGGAGUGCAUGGGCACAAACAAUCACCAAGUCCUGAGGGUCAUUCUUGCCAUUACCUUUUGCCUGGUAUCUGGUAUCCUAGUGAUACUGCUGUUGGCCCUCAUCCGCCACGGGCCCUGCUGGCAGAGAGACGUGUAUCGGAACAUCUGAAGAGACGGCUAGACCUCCAGGGACAACAUCUCUCAGUGAAGCAGCACCUUCUGCCAUACGGGCAUUGCUCUGCGCACACCCUCCCGUUAGAACCUGCCUAGGGUUGUGUGAGCUCGCUGCCACGGGGCAGAGUACAAGUUAGGUAGGCCUUGUGACCACUGAGCUGCACUGUGGGCUGCUCACAGGGCUGCCUCGGGACUCCUCUGCAAGAGCCCUUCUGCUCGUCUCUGUUCUCUCACACAGAGGUCCUGAGAGAAACAAGAAGCCAAAUUCCAAUCCAUCUGGUGCUUACAAAGAGGAACAGGAGAGAAAGUGGGGCCAAGACAUAGGCUAGACCACACUAGGUAACGCAGAGUGUUAGACCAGAAGUAGAGGAAAAUGGCUUUACUUAGUAAUCCCCCCCCCCCUCUCUCUCUCUCUCUCUCUCUCUCUCUCUCUCUCUCUCUCUCUCUCUCUCUCUCUCUCUCUCUCUCUCUCUCCUUCCCUCUGCCCCUCGCCCUCUCUCUCUGAAAAGCAAUUCAAACCCUCCUACCUGUACAUCUGACACACACAUACAUAUAUCCAUAUUCAAAAUAUCUUUAGGUGAGGCAUUUGACUCUCAGAAACUGUAAUGUCAUUCGCUUUAAGCGUAGCUCCAGUCAUUUUCUCCCAGUUUCCACACAGAGAAAUAACCGGAAAACCCUUAAAUUCAUUUCUUCCCACUCUCACUGCCUGAUUUUUAUACAGUGUGCGUUACCUUCACUUUACAAUUAUGGUCUCUUACACGGAUAAUAGCUGUUCAUGACCAGCACAAAAUGAUACUUUUUUAUUUACUUAUUUUUUGGCAUGGUGCUAGACUGCAACCCCCUGGGCUUUGUGCACACUAGGCGAACCCUUUACUAAUGAACUGUGCCUUCAGCCUUCUCCAACUUUUCUAAUUGUCAACAUAGAAAGGAAAGUACACAGGGCAGGGGGCGGGGUGGGGGGACAGAAUGACAGCCUGCUGGCUUUGGGCCUUAAAUUUUGUUUCCUAAUCUAAAAUGGAAGAGUCUUCACAAGAUGAAUGUAGAAGUCACAUCUAGAUUUUAUUUUCUGUGAACAAUUUUAUUCCACUUUCACUACAUGUAAGUCAUGGCCCAAUCAAGCACCUCCACGGCUGGCACCACCCAUGAAGUCAUUAGGGAAAAGACUAAAAUUUACUUUAUAUAAUUGCAUUCUGCUCUGGACACACAAGCAUUCAGUUGGUGAUAAAUUUGAUCUUGCUCCUCAGUCGGUUGCUUUACUUCCUUGGGGUUGCCUAAAGACCUCAAAGUGUAUCUGGUUGGAGGUGGGGAGGUCAGAGAAGGGUCUUUGUCCUCUGUCCUCACUGCCCACGAUCCAUGAGCUUUUCUGAAGAUAGGCAGAAACAUUCGGGUUGUGGCUUCCAAGGCCAUACUCAGAAUUCACUGUCUGGAUGUCUCUAUGGGAUGCUGGGGCCUUUGACAGCCAGCACAGAUCUCUGUCUGCUCUCCACUGAGAUCCCCACCCAUCCCUAGAGACUCAUGGUGCCCCUGCAAAACACCAAGCACUCACCUCUAUAGUCUGUACUUUUAAUAUCUCAGUGAGCCAAAGCCACUAAAAACAAAACUCAAAGAGCACGCUCACUCUCUCUCUCUCUCUCUCUCUCUCUCUCUCUCUCUCUCUCUCUCUCUCUCUCUCUCUCUCU